UUGCGACUUUGUAUUGUUGAGUGUCCAUUCAUUAUGAUGGCAACAGAGAAAGUGCUUCACAUGAAGGGUGGUGAUGGAGAAACCAGCUAUACCAACAACUCCUUGCUUCAGUUUGGUGCAGAGAAAAGUGGCAAGCAUGGUGAAACCUAUACUUGAAGAUACUGUAAAACAAUUGACGUCAAACUUUAGUUCAGAAAGGUGUUGGAAAGUAGCAGAUUUGGGAUGCUCUUCGGGGCCAAAUUCACUCUUCUUUGUGUCAGACAUGUUAAGUAUCAUGGAUAAGGCUAGCUUCAGCUUAAACCAGGGUACGCCACGUGCAUUGCAAAUUUACAUGAAUGAUCUAUUUGGAAAUGAUUUCAACACCAUCUUCAAGUUGAUCCCUGACUUCUUCCAAAGAAUCCAUGAAGAAAAAAACGACAAACAUGUACGAUGUUUUAUUCAUGCAACACCAGGAAGCUUCUAUGGAAGGCUUUUUUCUGAUGAUUACAUUCACUUCUUUCAUUCCUCCUACUGUCUCCAUUGGCUAUCUCAGGCACCAACUUCGACCGACAUAGCUGAACCACUCAACAAGGGUAAUGUUUAUAUAACAAAUGAAAGGCGUCCUUCAGUCUAUGAAGCAUACAUGAAGCAAUUUGAAAAGGAUUUCAAACUUUUUCUUAAAUCACGUUCAGAGGAACUAAGAUCGGGUGGUAUCAUGUUACUUACGUUCAUUGGUAGAGAAAAAUCUCAAAACAUGACUAGUCCAUGGGGGAUAAUUGGUAUGGUACUCAACGACAUGGUCCAAGAGGGUCUGGUUGAAGAGGCAAAAUUGGACUUUUUUGACCUUCCUAUUUACGGUCCAACUCCUGAAGAAGUUAGACAAGUGAUUGAAGAAGAAGGAUCUUUUAGCCUUAAGACAUUGGAGAUUGUUAAAAUAGGUUGGGAUGGAAACCUUCAAGAGGAUGUGGAUGAUGCUAUAGUUGAUAGCAAAACAAGAGCACUGAUUGUAGCUAAGUCAAUAAGAGCAGUUUUUGAGCCUCUUUUAUCAGCCAAGUUUGGUGAAGUUAUCAUGGAUGAAUUCUUUUUCAGAUUUGCAGUCAUAGUUGCCCAACUCAUUGAUACUAAGUUCGAGUCGUUAGAGUAUACCAAUCUCAUAGUGUCUAUGACCAAAGAUUCUUAGAAGAUGUUUCGGCUUUGUCAUGUAUGAUCGAAUCUAAGUACAUUCAUGAUUUGGUAACGUGGUCAUAGAAAAUUUAAGUCCGAGACUAAGUUCUACAUUCAUUAAAAAUAAGAAAAUAGAAUACCCACUAGAAGAAUGUAGAAUGAAAUACACUUUAAAGAAACACUAUCAUAAUUA